AAAUGAUUUAUAAGCAAAGUACUAAGGAUGGAUGAUAUAACAAGUGAUCUGGUGCUUUGCCAAUAGUGGCAACCUUUUAACCAACAUUUAUAGCAUGACAGUUGCUUAUUUGUGACUUCUAAAACAUUUGCAUAUGGGUCAUAAAAAGGGUUUAUGAAGGCUUCAAUACAUUUAGUCAUUUAAAAUGGGGCCAUGAAUUUAAAAGAUUUCUUACCACUCAUUAAAAAAUGCUGCUCUAAAUAGGCCUCACCAGAGCCAUAGAUAGGCAGUACAUGUAACUCUGGUCCAACACUGCUAUUCCUCCUCACACUGUUGUUCUCAGAUCAUCUCUGACCUAAAGAAGGACAACUUCAACCUCAGACUCCGCAUCUUCUUCUACGAGGAGCGGCUGCAGCAGAGGUGUGAUGAUUCUGUUGAGGAAAUGUACAAAACAAACAUUGACCUGAAGGUAGAGGUUGAAACACUGAAAGAGGAAAUGAAGGAGCUGCAGAGGGUCUCUGCCCUUGCACUUCAAGAUUACCCAGAGCAGAUGGAGCAGCUCAGAGAGUACUGCAACACCAAGAUCCAGCAGCUAGGGAAGGAUCUGGAUUCAUCCAGAGUGGAGGUGGGGAAGCUGACAACCAUGUUGGAUCAGGAGAGGACGCAUUGCCUGGAGCUGGAGAAGGAGCUUCAAGGGGAGGGUCACUCCCAAUCUGACGUACCCACACAGACUGACCAUUCCCAGUUGGACACCCCCACCCAGCCUGAACACUCCCAGUCCGAUGCACCCACACAGACUGACCCCCUAUCCAAAGAACAGGAACCAGGCCAGAACCCGGAGAAGUUCCAGGACCUACUCAGUCUGCUGGAAGAGAGAGACUGGCUGAUAGAGCAGCUGCAGGCAUCUGUGAAGUCCCAGGAGGCUCUAAUAGACCAGCUGAGAUACAGUGGUGCUGGCCAGGGUAGUGGAGACCAGCCAUCAGCUGACCCUGACCGCCAGCUGUCAUCUCUCAUUGCUCAGAGAGAGAUGGACCUGCAGGCUCUGGAACAGGAUCAUGGCAGAGAGAAGAGGAAAUAUGACAGACACCUGAAGGAGAUGCAGGAUAUGAUGGCCGAGAAGGAUUUCCAGCUGGCUGAGUAUGAGUUUAAAGUCAAGGAGCAGGAAGCUGCCAUCCUGAAACUCAACCGCAAAAUACAUGAGAAAGAUAGUGAGAAGAAAAAAGCUGUUCAGUCAAGCGAUGGAGUGACAGACACGAUAGGCCAGCUUCAGGCAUGUCUGGGGGAGAAGGAGAAAGAACUGCUGACUCUCAACAAUCUGUUGUUUAGCCAUGAGGAUACAAUCCAUACUCUUGAGAAUGAACUGGCCAAUGAGAAGAUCAAAUAUGACUCAAAGACCAAGGAGCUCCAGGAUGCUUUGGAACAGUCCAAUGAAGAGAUGGCAGAGAAAGACUUCCUCCUAACAGAGAAUGAGAUUAAUCUGAAGGAGCUGGAAGCUGCCGUAAAGACAUUCAACUGCACACUGCAGGAAAAAGAUAAAUUGCUACAGGAGGGCCAUGUGUGCACAUGCCCUGACAUUACCACUGGUCACCAUCAGGAAUCAGUGUUACAGCAGCAGAUUGAAGAGGUGAAAGAGAAUUCUGAGAGAGCCAGGGAAGAGCUGCUGUCUGUGGUAGAGCAGAACAGGGAGAUUGAGGGUCUUCAGAAGGCUCUGCUGGACAUCCAAACACACCCGCCUGCCCAAGAAGAUCUCCUGUCUCACAUCCAAGAUGCUAUAAAUCAAGCCAAGGAUGAGAUCCUCACUGCCAUUGAAGGGAAAGGAAACGCCAGUUCUUCAAACCUGUCUUUACUGAUGCAGAAGCUAACCGAUCUGCAAGAUAGGAACAAUCAGCUGUCUUGCUGUCCAGAUCUGAUAAAUAGUGUGGAUGCUCUGAUGCGACAGCGAGACAUGGAGAUGGCUCAGACCAGGGAUGUGUUUAACCGUCUGCAGGGAGCCAAGCAGGAGCUGGAGGAGAGCCUGUGCCAAACACUACAAGUCAAGGACAGGUCCUUUGCACACCUACAGGUCGCUCUGGACAGGAAGAACAAGGACAUGGAGGUCAUGGAAGGUCAGUUCCACAGCCAGAUGGAGGAAAGCAACAGGGAGCUAGAACGACUGGAGCAGAGACUGAGAGAGACAACGGACAUGUUGGCUCUAACCAAUGCAGAUAAGCAGAGCCAGCUGACUGACCACCAACUCACAAUGGAAGAGAUCCAGUCUGCCACCAGCAUCAAUGCUCAAGUGCUAAAGUCUUUAGAGUCAGUGAUGAAGGGCUUGGACCAGGAGCUCCAGGAGAAAGACUCUAUCAUAUCCCAGCUACAGGAGGUUGUCAAUAGGAACUCAGAGGAUCUAGAGAUCAUGGUUGGCCGGUUGCAUAGCCAGGCUAAGGGUAGCAACAAAGAGCUGGGGCAACUGGAAGAGAGGCUAAAAGAGACAGAAGCCAUUUUGUUUCAGACAACCCAGGAAAAGGAGACACAGAUGGCAGACCAUCAGCUUGAAAUUGAGAAACUGCAGGGUGAAGCUGAAGACAGCAACAGGAAGGCGGAGCAGCUGGAGGAGAAACUCAAGGAAAUUGAGGACAUUUUGUCUUAUACUACUGGCAAAUAUCUGCAGGACAAUCAACUUACAGACAGGAAACUGCAGGGUCAAGCGGAGGACAGAGACAGCAAGUUGGAGCAUCUGGAACAGAGACUCAAGGAGACUGUGGACAUUUUGGCACAGAUCACUGAUGAUAAGGACAAACUGUUGCUAGAAAAUCAACUGGCAGAACAGAAACUACAGAGCCAGACUGAGGACAGUAGUAUGAAGCUGGAGCAACUGGAUCAGAUGUUGAAAAAGAAGGACAUGCUGUUCAUGGAGAGCACAGCAGACAAGGAGAUACAGCUGAGGAACUACAAACUCACAGUAGAGAAGCUAAUGUCUUACAUCACCAUCAAUGAACAGAUGUUCAAGGAGUUGAGAGAACAUCACAGCCAGAUUCUGGCCAAGCAUACGCUGGAGCUUGAGGACUAUGGGAAGUGGCAGGAGCAGCAAUCCACAGCACAGAUUCAGAUCUCUGCCUCCCUGCAAGAGAAGUGCUCAGAGUGCCUGGAGCAUUUUGCAGUCCAAAGGGAGGGGGGGAGAACUAAUCCCUGUCAGAGAGAGACUCUGGACCCUGACAACCACACCAUCCCAGAAAACAGUGAAGUUCCUGCAACUGAGGCUGGCCCGACCAAGUGUGAGAGGUGUCUCCAACUUUUGCAGAGGGAGAAUGGCAGUCUGCUGGACAGACUGAGGGCUAGCAAGCGCCUCAACAAGACCCUGCGCAGCCAGCUGGACCUGUGCAGAUCCAUUAUGGCUCAGAGAGAGGGGGGUGAUGGACGAUGUUUCUCCCCCUCCAACUCAAUCACAGUGGAAGAAGAAAUGAAGGAGCAGCUGCAGGAGAUCUUGAGGCUGAGACAGAGUCUGAAGGAGAGCAUUCAGGCAAACGGGAAGCUCCAGGAGCAUCUGAAGAACCAUAAGGCCCAGCAGGCAGGGACAGAGAUGGGCCAGAACCACCCAGGCGUGCAUGCUGAGUCAGAGAGACUGAAGGCGUCUCUGGUUGAGACAGCCUGUGAGCUCACACAGCUCCAGAGAGAGAGUGACAUGCUGAGGGAGGAGAGAGAGAGGCUGACAGAGAGGCUCGCACGCUCUGAGGACAACAACAGGAGCCUGGAAGGCUCACUUAGCUCCACACAGGAAGAGAUAGACAGGUUGAAGGGAGAACUCGAUGCCUAUCAAAAACAGCUCACCAACAGCAAUGAGCUCCUCAAGUCAUUUUGUGAGGAGAUGCAGGGGUCCAAGCAGAUGAGGACAGCUGCAGUCAACCCCACUGGUAAUGUAUACAAGAAGGUCCCUCACUUCUUCUCACCAUCUACAGUUAUUCUUGCUAGUUGUGAUGUUGAUUCUGUUGAGUUGCUACACUUUCAUCCAACAUCAGAGUUUGGAGGCGGUCUCCCAGACAACCCCAAGCUAAAUCAACUCCUCUCUGAGAUCCAGCGAAUCAGAGCACAGCUUGCCGAUAAGGACACAAUACAGACUAAAGCCACAGAGGAGAAACACCCUGAGCAUUCUGGUUGGCCCGAGUGCCCUCCAAUGAUCAUCAACAUCAACUAUGUGGAGUGUGGAGCAUCCAGGCAUUCAAGCAGGAGCAGUCCUUCAGGGAGAAGAGAUCAUGCCAAGAAGGACAAUGACAACCUCUCACAAAGCAGCCUUACCUCCAGUAUAAAUGACCCGGUCCCAUCCUUAUUGAACAGUAGCCUAUCCCCACUGUGGGCAAAUGACAAGAGCCCUAAUGUCACUGGCCAGGAAGAUGAUUGCAUCAACAUGCAGAGACUGAUAUCAGAAGGGAAGACAAUGACCAAUAAGAUGAGUAGGCUACUACAGGGGUGCCACAACAACAACUCCAAUCCCACAUCACAGUCAGCAAAUUUCUACUUGGAAAAUCUGAAACUGAAGAAUAAAAUUGAGAUAAUGAAGAAGGAGCAAUCUCAAAACAAGAAGAUGCUUUCUGAGGCUGUCAAACGACUGAGAAGAGUGAACCUGGGGAAAGUAGGGAGAGUGAGUGAAUAGCAGCAAAUGAUCAUCAUUCCACUAAGCCAAUCUUUGUUUCAUGGAUUCAAAUAGAAAGAAUUGGAACUUCCCUCAUCAGUCUUAAUAAAAGUUUGCCAUUGCAA